AUGUCUUUAAUACGGAAAGAACCAUCCAUACAUCCUGAAUUAUCAUGCAUGAAUAUAGAUAGUCAUGUACAAGCUAAUAAUAUAAAUAUAGAUGAAAAACCAAAUAAUGGCUCAAUAAAUCUACCUCAAUCUCAACAACAGCAACAACAAAAUCCAAAUGCAACCACAAAUAAAAUCCUAGCAAAACUAUAUAACAAAUAUGGAAAAUCAAUUAUAUCAAUCCCUUAUAAAAAUGAAAUAAUAAUAGGUAGAUCAUCAAAAUGUGAUAUAAAAAUUUCAGGUAUUGAUACAUCAUCAAAACAUUGUAAAUUAAUUUUAACAAAAAGUGAAUUUUCUCAAAAAAUUUAUCUCAAACUAAUUGAUUUAAGUUCAAAUGGUAUAUGGUUAAAUGAUGAAAAAAUUAAUAAAUUACAUUAUGAAAUUUUAAAAUCAGGAGAUAAAUUACAAUUUGGUAAAACUGGAGGAUGUUUUAUUUUUAAAUAUGAAGAUGAUAAUGAAAAUGAAAAUGAAGACGAAGAGAUAAGUGAUUUGGAACAAAAUCAUGAAAAUAAUAACUCAUUUUUUGAUGAUUAUAUUUUAGGAAAGCAAUUAGGAUCAGGUCAUUAUGCUAUAGUUAAAGAAGGUAAAAAUAAAAAAACUGGAGAAAAUGUUGCAGUAAAGAUUUUUCAUCCAAAUAAAACAAAUGUACCUAAUUCUCAAUAUAAUAAUAAAUUAAAACAAGAAAUGUCAUUAUUAUUAUCAAUAAAUCAUCCAAAUAUUGUAAAAUUUAUAAAACAUUAUAUUGAACCAAAUAAAUUUGGUUCUUUCAAUACUUUUUUAGUAUUAGAAAAAAUGAAUAAUGGAGAAUUAUUUCAAAGAAUUAUUACAAAGACUAAAUUAUCACCAAUUGAAACAAAAGCAAUAUUUAAGCAACUACUAUCAGGAGUUAAAUAUUUACAUGAUAAUAAUAUAAUUCAUAGAGAUAUAAAACCAGAAAAUAUCUUGUUGGAUAUAACUCCAAGAUCCUCCCCCCUGGAAAAGCAAACAGGACCAUGGGAUUAUAAUGAAAUUGAUUUAAAAGUUAAAAUUGCAGAUUUUGGAUUAGCAAAAUUUAUAGGAGAAUUAAAUUUUACAAAUACUUUAUGUGGAACACCAGCAUAUGUUGCACCAGAAAUUUUAAAUAAUUCAAAUAAUAGAAAUUAUUCAAAAAAAGUUGAUCUUUGGUCAAGUGGUGUAUUAUUAUAUGUUUGUUUAUGUGGAUUUCCACCUUUCAGUGAUGAAUUAGCUCCUCCAAAUAUGAAAGAACAAAUAUUAACUGGAAAAUAUGCUUUUUAUUCUCCUUAUUUUGAUGAAAUUGAUGAUAUUAUAUUAGAUUUAAUUACUAAUUUAUUACAAGUUGAUCCAAAUGAAAGAUUUGAUAUUGAACAAACUUUAAAUCAUGAAUGGUUUAAAGAGGAUUAA